AUGGCUCGCGCAAAGCAGCCCACGCCCGUACGGCGUGAGGUGUCCUCCGAAUAUAUCAGCAAAGCCGACAGAAAAUCACCAUCAGUUGAGGAAGCAUCAGUUGUCCCCGGCGUAAACGGAAGUGUUAAGCCGUCAACAACAUCGUCGUCAUCAUCCAUUGCGGUACCAAUGAAGAAGGAAGCCGGCGUCAUCACGCUCCUCAUUGACGUGGCGGGUAUUUACAUUUCUUUCCUAACCUGGGCCUACCUCCAAGAAAAGCUCACCACAACACAAUACGGCGCCUCUCCCCUUAGCAAUUCCAAGGAUUCUCAGGGGGGCGAACGCUUCAAAUUCCCCGUCUUCCUCCUAACAAUUCAAUCCCUCUUCGCCGCCCUCGGCGGCAAGCUCUUCACCGUCCUCUCCACCCCCCGCGGCCAACCAGUGCCCGCCAUGAUCCCCUCGCGCGCCAUCCUCCCUCCUCUCUUGCUAGUAGCCUUCACCAACGCGCUCGCCGCCCCCUUUGGCUACGCCGCCCUGGGACAUAUCGAUUACAUCACGUACAUUCUCGCCAAAAGCUGCAAGCUUCUGCCGGUCAUGUUCUUGCAUAUCACGCUCUUCAGAAAGAGGUAUCCGCUUUACAAGUACCUGGUCGUGGCGGCCGUGACGGCCGGCGUAGCCGUCUUCACUCUUCACUCGGGCUCGAAAAAGCACAAGACCUCUAGUCAUUCGGGCCAAACAAGCUGGGGAUUGCUGCUGUUGGGCAUCAACCUGCUGUUUGACGGACUCACCAACAGCACGCAGGAUUACAUUUUCCAGACAUUCCAGCCUUACACAGGGCCGCAGAUGAUGAUGGCCAAUAACUUGCUGUCGAGCGUGAUCACGGGCGGGUAUCUCGUGUUGAGCCCCUGGCUGGUGAAGACGGGGCUUGGUGAGUGGUUUGGCAUGGCCGCUGCGACGGGCAGCGAAGGGGAGCUGGCGAGCGCGCUGGCGUUUUUGGCGAGACAUCCCGAGGUUUGGAGAGAUGUGUUGGGGUUUGCGGUUUGUGGGUGUGUUGGGCAGGUUUUUAUUUUCCACACCCUUUCAACUUUCUCCUCCGUCCUUCUGGUCACCGUCACCGUCACCCGCAAGAUGUUCACCAUGAUUCUCUCCGUCGUCGCUUUCGGCCACCGCUUGUCUCAAAUGCAAUGGCUCGGCGUCGGUCUCGUGUUUGGCGGUAUCGGUGUCGAGGCCGGCAUUGCGAGACGUGAGAAGUUGGCCAAGGAAGAGGCGAAGAGGAAGGUUAAAGCUGCUUUGGGGAAGGCGCAGUGA